CAUCCACUCCCCAUCGCCCCCUCCGCCCGCCUUCCCGACACCGUCCAUCCUUGGGUCUCUCAGUGCCAGCAUCUCAACAGCGCCUCUUUCGUGUGCUCGCCAAAACGACGAGCUGCAGCACUCUCUCCUCACCUAUCCAUCCCGCCUGCUGAGCGUUCCGUCGCUGCCAGCCUGACUCGCAGCUGCCCGCCAUGGCGACCAACGUCCCGGUGACGCUGGACACGCUGAUCGUGGUCAAGAUCCAGGUGCACGGCGCCAACCGCCGCUUCAAGGUCCCGCUGCGUGAUCUCGGCGCGAAUGUCUUCCCUGAGAAGCUCCGCCAUCUCCUGCAGGUUCCUCCGGGCCAGGAAGUCAUCUUCGAGCGUUACUCCGACAGCGCCGGCGCCUACGUCACCCUCGACGCCAACAAGCCUCAGGUCUACAAGACGCUCUUCCGCGCUGCCAAGGCGAAGCUCAAGCUGCGUCUGCGCGCCACCAUCCCAGGCCAGGAGAACGAGCCUGCUCCGGCUCCUCCGUCUGCCCCAGUGCACCAGCCACUGUCCACUCCGCCCAGCUCGCUUCAUCGCAUGAGCGCCGAGACCCUGUCACCUCCGCGUGCCGAGGCCACACUACCCCCGCCACUCAUCGCCCACUCGAGCACUCUCUUCUCUACUGCAUCGCAAUCGAUGGCUGCUCAGACCAGCCCCGUCUCGCCCGUGGUAGCUGACGCCGAGGUCAAGGGCGAGGCGCCUGUGCCCCGUCCCUUCACUGCUACCACUGCUACCCAGCUUAGCGCCCGUCAGAGCUUCUUCAGCAGCCUUGCAGCUGGCUCGCGCAACGCUGACCUGGCCUUCCGCCCCAAGAUGGAGACCGUGCAGACCUCCUGGGUCGUCUACUGCAACAACUGCAACAUCGCCAUGGAAGAUGAGCACUACCACUGCAGCAUCUGCGACCACGGCGAUUAUGACCUGUGCCCCUCCUGUGUAGAAUCUGGCAUUCACUGCCCCGGCUCUGGCCACUGGAUGGUCAAGCGAUUCGUCAAGAACGGAAGCGUUGUCAACAGCAACACCGAGCGUCUGACGCCUAGAAAGCCUCAGGCAGAACACGAGAUGCCAGGAGCAUUCACUGAGGAGAAGCAGUCCGUGCCCGAAGUCGUUCAGAAGCAGGAGGCUGAGGAGCCUACCCGAACCUGCAACUGCUGCGUUCAGAUUCUUCACGAACGCGAGUUCGUUACGUGCACCAUUUGCGACGAUUACGACCUUUGCAUGCAAUGCCACAUCGACAACAAGCACGGCCACCACCCUGGCCAUGCUUUCAAGGCCGCCACUGAGCAGACUUCCAUGCCCGCUCUUGCCGACUUCUUGUGCAAUGCUGGCCGCAAUGUCCGCCACUCUGCCGUCUGUGAUGGCUGCGAGAAGUUCAUUUACGGCGUGCGCCACAAGUGCUUGAACUGCCCCGAUUGGGACUUCUGCUCUGAGUGCAUCAAGAGCGCUAAGUUCAUACACCCUGCACACCGCUUCGUUCCCAUCUAUGAGCCUUUGGCUGAGCCAGUGAGCAGCGGCAACCGCCACUACGGCAUUUACUGCGAUGGUCCGCUCUGCAAGGACAAGGAGGGCAUAUCACACAUUGAAGGCAUCCGGUACAAGUGCGCUAUCUGCCAUGACACCGACUUCUGCGCCAACUGCGAGGCCCACCCCUCCAACAGGCACAACCAGACCCAUCCUCUGCUCAAGUUCAAGCGUCCUGUACGCAGCGUUAACGUCACCACCUUGAACGAGGACAAGGACAGCAAGUCAAUCACUCGGGUUGGCGACCGCGAGGACCCUAGGCGGUCAUUUUCAUCUGAGGCUGUCCCUGCCUCUCCUUCCAAUGCUGCUACCCAGGUCCAAACCAUCGUCGAUGUGAAGCCGACCGAGGAGCCUCAGCCCAAGACGACCAAGGAUAAGAUUGAGAUCCGUGAUCUCCUUUCUGAGCCCAUCAUGGAGAAGGUCCCCGUGACUGUUCCCGUACCCGUAAAGGAGACCGAGAAGGAGGCCACAGCUUCAGCUGAGUUUGAUGCCCACUUUGUUCGUGACUCUAUCGCGGACGGCACCAAGGUCUGCUCCGGAUUUCAGUUCGUGCAGGUGUGGACACUCCGCAACCCUGGACCCAACUCUUGGCCUGCUGGUUGCAGCGUUCGUCACGUUGGCGGCGACAACAUGCUCGACCUUGACAACACCCGCGCUUUGAGCCAGAGCGAGCUUGCAGAGGCUAGUGAGAGUAACGUCAUCGGCCGCUCUGUGGCUCCCGGCGAGGAGGUCGCCUUCCGCAUCGUCCUCAAGGCGCCCGUCCGUGAAGGCACCGCCAUCUCAUACUGGCGUCUCAAGACCGCCGAGGGCAUGCCGUUCGGUCACCGUCUCUGGUGCGACAUUCAGGUAACCAGCCCGCCGGCUCCCGCCUCUCCGCUUGCGCAGGCUCCGGUUGAUGCUGAGGCUUCCACCUUGUCCGUUUCUGAUCAGACGCUUCAACAACAGGCUCUUAGGCGUUUGGAGCAAGUCCACCAGAAGAUGAGCGAGUUGAGCGAGAGGGAGGCUCUUUCCAAGAUCGAGGCGGAACGUCUGCUUCGCAUCCAAAAGGUUCGCAAGGCUGCCGUCGAGCGUGUUAUGGAGGCUCGUCGUAGGGAGCAGGACCUCGCUCUUCGCAUCAAGGCUGUCCGGGCGCUUGAAAACGCUCCCGAGAUGCCCAUCAAGGCUGAGACUGCUGAGCUUCCCGCCGAGAAGGAGGUUCCUGAGAAGGUCGUGGAGAAGGAGGCCGAGAUUGGUUCCAAACCCGAGGUAGCGCCCCACUCAUCGGGCAUGAUCUUCCCCCAACUUGACAAGGAGUCACCUGCCUCAAGCACCCACGAGGCUGUGGCCGCUCCCCCGGAUUCUCCCCGCCCUGCUAGCGUCACCACUGCCACUGUGUCUGACGAAGACUUCUUCGAAGAUGCUGAGAGCGUUGAGCUUAUCUCUGACGAGGAGGACGAUGGCUUUAUGACAGACGAAGAGUACGAUAUUUUGGAGUCCGCCGACGAGAGCUUCCCGUGAGCUGGCUAGCUUGGAAAUGGUUCUUGGCUUGAAACGGUAUGCUGCUAGACUGUAAGGCCUACUCAACUGCAUAUCUCACUGGUACUAUCAGCACCCUUGGGCAUUCAACGCCACUUCAUGGCGUUUCUCGGGUUCAAAUGGAUAUCAUCGCGGGUCAUGGGGAGUUUAAGGUUUGGUUAAGGUGCCCACAGAUCACACUCUUUCACGGC